CCGUGCGUAAGAUGUACAUGCCCCGCUGCUUGCCGCUGUGUGCCAUGGUGCUGUCCGUGGUGCUGCUGUCCGUGCUGUCGCGCACAGCCGCCCAGGACAGCAGCUCGGGGCGGAUGUGCGGCCGUCUGCUAGUCCGGCGGUUCCAGCAGCUGUGCAUGGACCUCAAGCGACGCCGCAGCCUGGACGACACCGCGACCGAGCCAUCCUUGGUGUCCCGCCUGAACCCACACCUCGCUCUAACCACCCAUUGGGAAAAUGUGGCAGAGACAAAACCAGCAGAGGGCGGCCUUCAGCUGAAGAACAAGCGGGACCCUGACUCCGACGCUCCGGCUACCGACAUCUUCGACGUCUGCUGCGAGCGCGGUUGUUCCACCGAGGAGCUGGUCAUCUACUGCGGCAUCUGGCACACCUUCUAGUGGCCCAAACCAGCGACUAGGAACCAUGUAAGGCCAUGUUGAUUUGAUUAUAUGGAUGACAUCCUCUGGGAACCCCAAAACUGA